AAGUGUAGAAAAGCAAGACAAAAUAGCUGAUACCAUUUAUUGUAAAGUCAAUCAAAUUCUGAAAUAGAAUACUGUAAUGUAGCUGCUUGUGAUACAAACGAAUUGAUGGAUAAUCAUUUUUUGCUAAGACUGUCGAUAAUGAUGUCCAUACAGUAUCAGCUCCUAUUCUGCCAUGCUCAACCCGCUGUUGACGCGUGCACACAGCCACCCGUUGAGCAUAAGGAUCACCGAACUACGAUGGACGACUUCGGAUGCAGUAGCAAGGAUGCUUUGAAGGCAAUAAUUGAUACUCAAAAACUCGGAAAUGGAUCCGAGCAGCAAGAUCGAAAAGCUGCUUACGUCAACAAAAUAAAAUUAGUAUCUAAUCAAUUGGGUUCUAUGAUAUUGGAUCUAUUUAUCAUUGGUCGUCUUUUCUCCCUCUUCCUCAGUCAACGUUUUGAUGAGUUGCUGCUCUUUCUCGGACGUCGUGGUGAACAUCACAUGGAAGAUAGAGGGUUGUACAAGAUACUUUCUGGAACGAACUUGACACUACUAAAAAGCUUAAUACACUUCACAUUCACAGCAGUGGCACAACCUUCUAGUAAUGUGUAUCGGAUAAUCGUGUAAUGCUUAAGUGUCAUAGGUGGAAUAGAUGCUUUGGCGUUUCGUAUAUGUAGUAAUAAUCGCCACAAUACUGUGUUUUGCGCUUUAAAGGUAUAAAAACUGACAGGGCUCGAUCCAAUUCUUGUUGAGUGGCGUAAUUUUCAGAUCUUGAGUACG